GGAGUCUUUUCAGUGAGUCAUUCACAGAUGCGAUUCGGUUCCCGACGUUCACCAAAAAUAGCCGUUUGUUCGCAAACGACCAAUCGACGUUACUGCGCAGUCCCGCGGCGCCGGAGAGGGUGGUGUGAGUCCGUUAGGUAACCAGGGAGUGAACUUGACACUUUUAGUAAAGCAAAUGUUUUGAGACGUUCAUUUUCGGUUACUUACACCAACAAAAAGAUAUGGGUAACCGUGUCGCUCGUGAGGAUUACGAAUGGGUUUAUACAGAUCAGCCACAUGCCGACAGGAGGAAAGACAUUUUGGCAAAGUACCCAGAAAUAAAGACACUCAUGGGGCCUGAUCCCAGGCUGAAGUGGAUUGUUUGCAUGAUGGUAAUCAUCCAGUUCUUAGCGUUCUACCUGGUCAAAGACCUGGACUGGAAAUGGGUCCUGUUCUGGACUUAUGCCUUUGGCAGCUGCAUCAACCACUCUAUGACCCUGGCCAUCCACGAGAUCUCCCACAACACGGCAUUUGGCAACAACAGGGCCAUGUGGAACCGCUGGUUUGCCAUGUUUGCUAACCUGCCCAUCGGGCUGCCGUAUUCUGCCUCCUUUAAGCGCUACCACCUGGACCACCACCGCUACCUGGGAGGAGACGGUAUAGACGUAGACAUCCCUACUGAUUUUGAGGGCUGGUUCUUCUGCACACGCUUCCGCAAGUUUGUCUGGAUCAUCCUCCAGCCUCUGUUCUACGCCAUCCGCCCUCUCUGCAUCAACCCCAAGCCCAUCACCGGCCUGGAGCUGGCCAACGUGGCCGUGCAGCUGUCCUUCAACGUGGCCCUCUACUGGCUGUGUGGAGCCAAGCCUGUGGUGUACAUGAUGGCGGGCUCCUUGCUGGGAAUGGGCCUGCACCCCAUCUCUGGACACUUUAUCGCUGAGCACUACAUGUUUCUCAAGGGCCAUGAGACCUACUCCUACUAUGGCUCCCUCAACCUGCUCACCUUCAAUGUGGGCUACCACAACGAGCACCACGACUUCCCCAGCAUUCCAGGACGUAGGCUACCUAUGGUGAAGAAAAUAGCAUCAGAGUACUAUGAUGACCUGCCCCACUACACAUCGUGGGUGAAGGUCCUGUAUGACUUCAUUAUGGAUGACCAGCUCAGCCCCUACUCUCGUGUGAAGAGGAGGCUGAAGGGAGACGUCAAGCAGGAAUAAAUCCUUCCCUUCUCCUACUCUCGUAACAAAACGACACUGACGCACCUGACACCAGCCCCAACUCGCCACCAAGACUUUUUACAGCUUUUGCAUAUUAAUACACAUUUGCACUGAAUGUGAAGAGAAUGUGUGGACAGGACAUGUGCGACAUGUAUGUAAGAAUUUGUUCAGUCCGUCCUUACAAACAAAAUAAUUUGUUCUACUAGUCAAUACACACAAUUACAGUUGUCAUUUCACCCA